UGAAAAAAUAUAGAAGAGGGCCCCAAUUGUAAUUUCACUUAUAUUCAAAAUUCAAGGAUCCGUUAGGGGGAAGGGCCCAAAUCUAAAAACAUCACAGAUUCAAAAAUCACUUGCCUAAAGAAUUUUGCUCAUCAGUUUUUUUGAACACAGAAAUUUUAUUUCAAUCUUGAACAAGAACAGCAACAAUGGGAAGAAUCAAAUCAAUAUCCGAUUACGAAGAUCUGAGAAAAGCUCGUAUUUCCGAAAAUCAGGCCCGAUUAGCCUCUCUCGGGCUCACGAAGACCAUUUCGGAGCUCCAGGCCUUGACUUCAUCGCCAAAAUCUGAUAAAUCCCAUGUCAGAAAAUCCCGUAAAGUCGAUUACAGUUCAACCCCUUUGCGGCGUUCGGCUCGUUUGGGAGGAAAAUCACCGCCAUCAAAAGAAAAGUUGGGCUAUUUAGAAGGCGAUGAUGAGAGUGGGGAUGAAAAUGAAAAGGGGAAUUUUAAUGGGCGAAAAAUGAAGGCAGUCAAAAGGGGCUUGCAAACGCAUCAGAUUCCUUUAGAAACUUUGGCCAGAAGAUGUGACAGUAAAAGCAGAGGAAGUUUGUAUCAUCCUGUUUAUGGGAUUUGCUGCCAUUUUUGCAGGCAAAAGAAACUGUGUGGUGAAGAAGAUUGCAAACGUUGCGGUGAUUUAGACAUGGAUCAACCGUGCACAGGGAAAACGGAUUGCUCAAAUUGUCAUUCUUCAAAUGGAAUUCUAUGCCGAGCCUGUCUGAAGGUCCGUUACGGUGAAGAAUUGGAAGAAGUGAAAGCAAAUAAGGAGUGGAUGUGCCCACACUGUAUUGAAGUCAAAGGAAUCAAUCCUUACUGGAUAUGUAACAGCUCACUAUGUCUGAAGAAGCGAAAGAUGGUCCCAACUGGAAUAGCCAUAUUCAGAGUUGCCAUUUCCAAACUUGGUGGCAACAAGCUUCUUUUAGCCGUUCUAGAAAACGAGGGAUUUUUCGUUCAAUUGAUCAAUGUUGUGAUGGAUAUUGUGAUUUGUGAAUGA